AUGUCCAACCGGUACAAAUUCGUCUACAACGCGUGCGUUGAGUUCUUCGGUGUGACGACACUGGAAAACGGUGACGUCAUAAAGGAGUUCCUUGACAACGAGGAUGUUACCGUGCUGGCGGCCGUUUCCGUGGACGGUGAAGUGUUGCUGCAAAACAGUGUGCCGGUGGAGAACCAGUACGGACUGCUGUUUUACAAGAUACCGAACCUCGACUUCAGCGGUCACACCGGUGCGGCCAAGAUUGGGCUGCUCACGCUGGAAGGGGGACUGGCCAAGUCCAUCUACAACUCACUGCAGCGCGUGUUUUCACCGUACAUACUGCGGAAAUGUGAAUAUCCGGCGGAGAUACGUACCUUGCUGCAGAAUCUGCACUCCAGCCUGGGACUCUCGUUGGGGCUUACCGAGUCCGGCAUUCUUUCGCUGCACGAUGAGGUUAGCUUUUGGAUGCACAAAACGAAGGCACUGCCGGUCAAGGCGGACCGGGAAGCGGCACGUUCGUUUGCAACCAUUUUGGAACGGAUUAGUCAACAGUUCGGCGAUAAUGAGGCCAUGAGUUUGAACAAGCUGGAUGAAAUGAUCGACAUUUGUCAGUCGGCGCUGGACGAGAUAUGGCGCUUGCCGAAUCAUUACCCGCAGAACCGAAUGUGCAGCAUCUUCGACAUGAUCUCCGUGCGGGUCGUCAAUUCCUGUACGGAGCACCUGACCGAGCUGGAUGUUUGGGACAUUGGAACGGUUUCGUUGGAUGACGCGAUUGGGCAUGUGAAGGAAACACUCGACUCCUGGAUGCAAACCUUCGAUUCGUUGACGCGUUUGUUUUGGCCCAACUGUGAGGCUCAUCCUUGGUUGGGGGAACCGUACCGAUCGAAGUUGUUGACUAAAUUUCAAACACGAUACAAGGAGAUAUUAGAGAUACGCCAUGUGAAGGACCUGCUGUACGCGUUGUUCUUCGAAAGUGAAAAAUACUUUCCACUGGCAAACGAAGUUGCCUUACCAUUUCAUGGUAUAAACAUUUACGAUCUUACACCGCUCGGGAACAAGCGUUGGGAGACGGCAAAGGCCAAAAUGGAGCACGCGCUCGCAAAGAUUGACGAAAGUGCGGCAUUCAUACUGCAGCAGAAAAUCCUCGAAACCGGUGACAAUCCUCGCCACACGGUGAUGGUGUUUAAUCGCUAUAAAGAGAUUCUAACACGGCCGCUGAUCAUGGAAACGCUUGCCUCCGAGCGCAAUCAAGUGUUUCGUGGCAUCGAUUCGAUGAUUCGUGAGUUGCGCGAGAUGCUUAGCUCGACGAACUUCACCGAGAGCAACGUGACCCCGAUCGUCGCCGAAACGCGCUGCUACCGGGUGGUGGAGGAUGAGCUGGUACAGCUUGAAUCGAUCGUGAGCAGCCUGUGCCGUGACCGGGACGGACAAGCGGGAGCGCUGAAGCGUAUUGCCGAGUUCAAGGAGGAAAUGCAGGCUCUCAUCCGCGGUAACUUUGAAACGUGGACAGAAAACUCCAUGAUGGCCAUACGGGAUGGUGUAUUGAGCUUGCGAGAAAACCAACCCGUCGUGGUGUUUGACAAGUCGGACAAUCAGCUCAUGAAGGUGACGUUCGGACCGAAACUGGUCACCUUCAUCGACGAGGCGCGCCAUUUGCAGAAUCUGGGACUGAAGCAUUCGCCUGAAAUUCUGCGCAACGUGUCCCAUUCGAUGCGGUUUGUUGCCCAUGCCCGGCGGCUGCAGCAGGUAGCAACGUUUCACAAUACCAUCGGUGGCGUUAUGGUGCCCUGCAUCCGGCCGAUCAUGUUGAAAAAUGCGAUAGAGUUUUCGAAACUGGUGAAAAGUGAGUCCGUUUCCUGGGGCGAGGAAGAAUCGGUGGAGCGCUACAUCGAGGCGCUGCAGGAGGCGGUCAAGCGGUUGCUGAAGGACAACAAUCUGCUGACCGGACAUCACGAGCAAGCGCGUAAGGCUAUUCUGAAGCUGAUGGACACGGAUCUCAUCCGGCAGGCGAACGUGUGGAAGGAAGAGAUGCGCAAUUUACGUGAUAUCGUUGUGCACAUGGAGCGUCAGGGAUACGGCAAUUUAAACCCCUUCAAGCUACAUUGGGACCAUCAACUGUACAAGGUGCUGGAGUACCAGUACAUUGCAGGAUUGCUAGAUGUACAUCAGAAGCUGCCGGAAAUACACGUCGAUCUAAUAUUUCGCCAGCAGCGGAUCCAAUUUCGACCCACGCUGGAAGAGAUCCGUUCCAAGUACUAUUCGCAGGUGCGACGAUUCAUAGAAAAACCGGUCAAUUUUAAGGGUCUAUCGGAUCAGAGCGGUGCAUUGUUUCGCGUGAUGAUCGACCGGAACUAUCAGCACUUUGGCGUCAUAUACGAGAAGGCAGAAAUUGUGUUCCGUCAGUUGCUGGAAUUUCGCGACAGCUGGCUACCAUUUGUGGCGCUAGGCAUGGUGGACUUGGAGCAACUUUGCACGGUGCACUGUACGAGCUGGCAACACUGGGAUAACAAUUUCCGUGCCUGCAAGCGGUUCAGUCAACAGCUGGCCAGAAUACAGGAGCGCGAGAAGGAGAUCGAUUGUUUAAUUGUCAAUUACGCCCCACUGUGCAGUGACAUUGAAGCACUAAGCCGGCGCUACUGGGAAGCCUUGGCUGGUAGCCUGCGGACGUCCAUUUUGGACAGUAUAGCAGAGAUCCAGGAGUAUCUGGCGUACUCGUUCAACGUGUUGCAAAACAUACCGCAGGAUGAGCUGGGAAUAGCUGAAUCGAGUGCAAAGUAUGAAAAGAUCGUUCACGACCUGCCGAAAAUGGGUGAGCUGAUGAAGUCACUACAAGGAAAAGAUUCUUGUUUAGCUGGUUGGUGUAAGGAACGGGUAUCCGCCUUGGGAGGCAUUCUGUUACAGUGGAACCAGCUGCAACCGCUGAUUGAUAAUCAUCAGACGCUACUGCAAGGCAGACUGGACAUUAUAAAGGAGAACAUUCUGCGGCAGAUCAAUGAACUAAACGAUGAGGCAGAAAAGUUCUCCAUCCGGUGGGAAUCAACUAUUCGAGAUUUAGAGACAAAUGAAAAUGCCGACAUGGCACUGUUCCGUGAACGACAAAGCCAAUGGAAGCAGAUACUCGGUAAACGAGAAACAUUAAACAAACAAACGGAAAAGUUCAACAUAACCGUUCCGAAGGAGUUUAGCGAAAUCUUUGCCAAAUUGGAGCACGACAUUACGGAGCAGGGCAAAAAUUGGGACAUUUUCAACGAAUUCCUGAACGACUACGAUACUGUGGCGAACGAAGAAUGGACAAUCUAUCGGCGGCGCCCGCAUCUGUUGACGGAUUUUAUCGGUCGGUGGGAAAAGGCACCCGUUGGGCAACCGGUCAGUGUUGCGAGUGCUCGCAUCAACUCCACGAUCGAACGAUAUAAGGGCGCCCUGCCCGUACUGACCACACUGCAGUCGGAUGCGCUGAUUGAGAAGCAUUGGGCAAAGCUAUGCAUGAUGCUAUCGAUCGAUUCCAAGUCACAGCACGAUCUGUGCUUGGGUGAUGUACUGGGAGCUAGUGACCGAUUGCACGAGCAGGCCGCGGAUAUACAGGCCAUCGUACGCAGUGCAGCAUCGGAGCACGUCAUACGGCAGGCUAUUGUGGAGCUGGAACAGUGGAGUGCUACCGCCAUGUUGAAGCUGAUAGACUACACCGACUCGAAGGGUAAUGCGAUGAAGCUGAUAAAAGACUACGUGGAGACACUGAACAAGAUAGGCGACAAUCAGUUUCUGCUACAGUCGGCGAAGAAUUCCGCAUCUUUCGAGUCGUUUUCCGAUCAGGCGGACGUGUGGGAAGAGAAGCUUAACAAUCUCGACUACAUCGUGACGCAUCUGAACCAGAUACAGAAGCGUUGGAUCUACCUGGAGCCCAUCUUUGGCGUGGGCACGUUGAAAAAGGAAGAAGCGGUGUUUCGAAGCAUCGACAAAAACUUUCGCUACAUCAUGAAGGAAAUUGCCGACGAUGCGCGGGUAGUUUCGGUGAACAAGAUCAACAAUGUGCUGUCGAUCAUCGAAACGUUGCAGGGACAGAUAACACGGUGUCAAAACGCACUCAGCGCGUACAUCAAAUCGAAACGUAACGCUUUCUCGCGCUUUUAUUUCCUGUCGGACGAUGAUCUGCUGGAGCUGCUCGGGCAGUCUUCCAAGGAGAGCAUUGUGCAGAAGCACAUUCGAAAGCUGUUCCCCGGUGUUUAUCGUCUACUGGUGGAGGACAACUCUGGCAGGGUGGUUGGUUUCGCUAGCGAGGAAGGAGACGAACUUCGGCUGAACGAUCCCAUCGCGAUCCAGGGUAUACCCGUUGAGGAUUGGUUAAAUGUAUUGGUGGAGAAGAUUAAGGAUACGUUAAGCACCUUACUUGUGCAGUGCCUGCAAGUGACGGACUCCUUCGAUACCAGCACGAUCGAGCGCUUUCCGAUGCAGAUCAUUUGCUUGGCCAAUUCCAUCGCUUUCACCAAACGCACGGAAAAGGCAAUCAUUGGGAUGCAGUUGGCAAACCUGAAACAGCAUGUGCAGAAUGAAGUUGCAAAGUACUCGGCGCUACUGCAGCACAGCGAAUGUCAGCUUACCGGCAUCAAGCUGCGAUCGCUACUGAUCGAUCUGGUGUACCAGCAGACCACGGUCGACUACCUGCUCGCCCACAACGUGACAAACGUGAGCGACUGGUAUUGGUUGCAGCAGCUCAAGUUCUACGCCGAUCCCAAGGCAAACGUUACGGUGCGCAUGGUGUACGCCGAGUUCCGCUACUCGUACGAGUUUCUGGGCAACUACAGCAAGCUGGUGUACACCUCCCUAGCGCACAACUGCUAUUUGAUUCUAACGCAGGCCAUGCAGCUGGGGCUGGGUGGUAACCCAUUCGGACCGGCCGGUACGGGCAAGACGGAGUGCGUUAAAUCGCUCGGUGCCAUGCUCGGUCGGUUGGUGCUGGUGUUUAACUGCGACGAAAACAUCGACACGGCCGCGAUGGCACUAAUACUCUCCGGUUUGGCACGCUGCGGCGCAUGGGGAUGUUUCGAUGAGUUCAACCGCCUCCAGGAGGCAACGCUAUCCUCCAUUUCAAUGCUGAUACAGCCGCUCCAGCGGGCUCUCAAAGACAAGCAAACGGAGGUUACUAUGGGCGGCGAAACGAUUCCACUCGAUCAGCACUGCUGCGUGUUCGUCACGCUUAAUCCGGCCGGCGAAGAGUACGGAGGUCGGCAGCAACUACCGCUCAAUCUGCAGGCACUGUUUCGCCCGAUUGCGAUGCAAGCGCCACGACCCCAGCAGAUUGCCCGGGUCACACUGUUUGUGGAGGGUUUCAAACAUGCCGAUCAGCUCGGAGCUCAAAUAGUGGAAUUGUUCGAGUUGUCGCACAAAAUCCUUUCCCGGCAAAGACACUACGACUGGGGUCUGAGAGAACUCAAAGCCGUUCUGCUGGCAUGUGGUGGAGCUCUCAAAUGUGUAGAGGCCGAUUCGCGUGAAUUCCCACAAGAAGCGGCAGUGGUGGUGAAUGUUAUUCGAGCAAAUUUGAUGUGUCGACUCACAAUAUCGGAUGCCAAGCGGUUCGAUGUGCUGCUAACGAACGUGUUCCCGGGCAUACCCAUUGCAACCAGCGCAAAUGCUGAACUGCGUGCGAAAAUUGUGGAUGCUUUCUCUACCUUGGGCCAGCAGCAGAACGAUCGGCAGGUGGAAAAAUGUUUGGAGCUUCACGCGCAGCUUCAGAAGCGUAUGGGAGUGGUCGUCAUAGGUCCUCCACAGUCGGGCAAAACGACCAUCAUCGCGCUGCUGAAGGAGGCACUGAUAGCGCAGGGACAGAUUAUACGCAUCCAUACCAUCUCGCCCAAAUCGAUGAACCGUGUGCAACUGCUCGGGAAGCUCGAUCCUGACACGCGCCAAUGGACCGACGGUGUGCUGACGUCAAUGGCUGUUGCUGUUAAUGCGGAAAGCCGCAACGUUACGUCGUGGAUCAUCUGCGAUGGUGAUGUCGAUCCGGAGUGGAUCGAAGCACUCAACUCGGUGCUGGAUGAUAAUCGACUCCUAACACUGCCCUCCGGCUGGCGCAUUCAGUUCGGCAGCAAUGUGAACUUCCUUUUCGAAACACACGACCUCUCCACGGCAUCGCCAGCAACGAUUUCCCGCAUGGGUAUUAUCAAUCUGAAUGCAGAGGAUCUACCUUACCAGCUGGUUGUGUCCGGUUGGCUGGCCAGACACGCGCAAGACGAUAUGCUGAAGUCGUACUUCGAUCAACAUCUUUACCGAGCCAUCGAUUGGAUUGAAGAACAUCAGGAAAGACCGUCAGGUUAUGCACUGGGGAGUCUUGCGCAGUCUGCCCUCGUUGCGAUCGGGAGCGCUAAAAACGCGGACCAGUUUUGUGCCGAUUUGCUGUGCGGACUGAACGGAGUACUGGACAAGUCGGCGAAGAAUGCGCUCUCGAAUCAGGUAUACGCCUGGGCGGAUAUAGCGAUUACGGACAGUGCGGUGGCCGAGUAUCACUAUUACAACAGCUUCAGGGACAUGAUCGAGAUGUACAGCACGGAUGACAUUACCGGAGCUACCAUCGAAAACGGAAGCUACGCCAACGUACUUGUCAGGACACCGCUGAUGAAGUUGAAUAGUGAUUUGCUGAAGCAUAUCGUUGCUUCCAAAGAACGUCACGUGACGCUGCUUGUCGGUCCAAGCGGUAAUGGGAAGAGUCUCUUACUUCAAACCAUCGUAAGCGAGUUUAGUGGCUAUCAGCUGGUUACGAUCAAUUGCAGUGCCCAACUGACCACCGCCAACAUUCUCUACACGCUCAAACAAAACUCACUGAUCGUCACUACCGUGAAAGGGAAAGAAUAUCGCCCAAACUUCUCCCGCAUCGUGCUAUACCUGAAGAACAUCGAUCUGUGCACGGUGGACACGUGGGGUACGUGUGAAGUUGUUGAGCUACUGUUACAGCUCAUCAAUCGCCACGGCUUCUACUCGGAUGGUGUCGAAUGGAUAAGUGUGAGCGGUGUGCAGGUGUGUGCCUCGGUGACGGAUCUCGAGAAGACGAUGCUUUCGCCACGAUUCCUCUCCAUCUGCCGCCUGGUCCGUUUCGGUCAACCGACCGAGCAGGACAUGGAAAGCAUCGUUCGAAGCAUUCUGCUGCCAGUGUACAAUCAGCUGGUGAAGGGAACUUCACGGCUGAAGCUGCACGAGCUGGUACGCUCCAUCAUCAACGUGUACAUGCGGAUCAACAAACGGUUCCGUCACAGCGAGACAACACACUACCGUUUCACACCGAAGAUGCUCGAGAAGUGGAUAUCGGGUCUGCUGUACUACACGGAGGAGAACUUCGGGAAGGCUCUGCAGCACGAGUGCUGUCGCAUUUUUCACGAUCGUCUAGUGUCGGCAGAUGAUCGGAACCAGUUUGGGGAAAUUAUUCGCGAAGAAUUCCAUAUGCUGGAGCGGAUGGAACGUGGUGAGCUGUUUGUGCCAAAAGACGGUGCUCAACGGCGCGGAGACAUGCAGAUGAUAUCGUUCGAACAAUGGCGCAGUAUGAUUGACCACAGUAUUGCAAUUUGUAAUGCCGAGAAUGUCCUGAUAGACGUGCCAAUGAGUAACGCUUUCUGCGAAACAAUAGCAGCUAUUUGCCGUGCUUUGUCACGACCCUGCGUGAAUUUGGUAGUGGUUGGCAGAGCGGGAUCAGGCCGACUGCAGGCUCUGUAUACGGCUUGCACGAUGCUGAACGUACGCGUAGCAUUUCCUCAGAUGUCACGCCACUACUCCAUGGGCGAGUUUAACAACGACCUGAAGAUAGUUAUGCAAAACUGCGCUCUCGAGAAUGAGCCCGUCGCCUUCUUUCUGCACCACGCCGUUGCCAGCUAUCUACCGGAUGCAAUGAAAACCUGCGAGGCUAUACUGGCCGGCGGGGAUUUGGCUGACUUUUUCGGCGAUGAUUUGGAGAAUAUUGCGGCACCUUUGAAACCUCAAGCCGCACUGGAAUCGUACCAGAUGUCACUGGCGGCGUAUUUUAUUCAGCGCUUACGUUCGAACUUCCAUCUGGUGGUGAUCUUGGAGUCGGGAUCGCCCGCCGUACGAUCGUUCUUCGAACACUACCCCGCAUUGCAUCAGAAAUCGGAAAUGAUAUGGACGCUGCCGGAAGCCGUAUCCAGUGCGGAAGGUUUGCGGACUUACCUUACGGUAAUUGGAAAGGCUGGAGAUGCAGUGCAAAACACCCAACAAGAACAAACGGCGAUCGUUCCACUGCCGGUGUACUUUAACGAUUUAAUUGAUUUGAAACUCUCCGACUGGAGCUCUUGCCCGUUGCGGCGUAUCUAUUUAAUCCGCACGUACUUCUAUCUGUACGGGCAGGAAAAGACCCAGAAAGAGCAGUACAAGGCAAAGAUCCAGAUCGGUGUCGAUAAGCUGUCGGAAACGCAUCGCGUGGUGGAGCAGCUGAAGCUUGUGGCACAAGAAAAGCAACAGGCUUUGGCGGAAAAGCGCAAACUGGCGAACCAAUCGCUCGACAUGAUCUCCAACACGAUGAGUUCGGCGAACGAUAAGAAAACGGAGCUGCUUGAGCUGCAGCGCCAGGCACAGGAGAGCAGCGAGAAGCUUAUCGUGCGGAAGCGCGCCAUCGAAGAGGAACUCAGCCUGGUGGAACCAACGCUGCGUGAGGCAAGCGCUGCUGUGGGACAGAUCAAAACCGAGGCCCUGUCCGAGAUACGCUCACUGCGCGCUCCGCCAGAAAUAGUACGCGAUAUCCUGGAAGGGGUGCUGCGCCUGAUGGGCAUCCGGGACACUUCCUGGAACAGUAUGAAAACGUUUCUGGCCAAGCGUGGUGUAAAGGAGGACAUCCGGUCGCUGGAUCCAUCGCGCAUAAGUCCGGAAAAUUGUGCGUCCGUUGAGAAGCUGCUGCAGGCCAAGUCGGAAUCGUACGAGCAGCGCAAUGCGAAGCGUGCCUCAGCAGCGGCAGCUCCACUGGCUGCCUGGGUUAUAGCGAACGUCAAGUACGCGAAGGUGAUGCAGAGCAUCAAACCCCUCGAACGCGAACAAAAUCAGCUGAAGGAAAACCUUGACAAAGCCGAAUCGGACAUGCAAUCGCUGUCUAGUGGGUUGGACAAUGUGAACGAUACCGUGCGCAGUCUGUCCGAGCAGCUAAAUGUGUACACGCAGGAGGCAGCCAUGCUGGAGAUUAAACUGGACGAAGCGAAAAACACACUGCACACGGCAGAGAUACUAGUGCAAAAUCUGAACAGCGAGUAUACAAGCUGGAGCAAGGAGCUGGAUGAAUUGAACGAUGCAAUUGCACAUCUCGAUGGACGGUGUUUCAUGACUGCGCUAAACAUGACUCAACUUUCGCAGAUGAGUCUUGAUGAAAGAAGGUCCUGCAUGGCAAAACUGGCCGAAAUAACGAAUACCCCCGAGUUCAAUAUAGACCAACAGUUGAUCACCAACCAAGACAAGAUCAUUUGGGAAAGUAUGGGUUUAAGUGCGGAUCAACAGUAUCGCGAAAAUGCCGCAAUGCUCGUAAAGUUCCUUUCGCUUUCGUACUUUUCCACGCCCAUUCCAUUGCUGGUCGAUCCGUCCGAAUAUGGGCAGCAGUGGUUGACCAACUAUCUGACGUACCUGAACCGGACGUACGAGCUCACGAGCCAAGGUGCGGAUCGGUUCGCCUACAGCCUGGAGCUGGCGGUACGGUUCGGUAAAAUAUUGAUCGUUAAAAAUGUGAAUACCAUACAGACACCGCUGCUGUCACUGUUCUGCACGGCCGUGCAGAGCCAUUUCAACAAGAAGCUACUGCACGUCGGCAACAAAACGGUCGAUCUGCACGAUGACUUCAAGCUGAUUCUGAUCACACAAAACGAAACGCUGGCGCUAGAGGAGGAGGUGCGUGCGCAGCUGAUGAUGCUGAAGUUUACUACCACCACCGCCGGACUGACGGAUGUGCUGACGUACAAAUGGGUACACACGAAGCAGCCGGAAAUCGAACGGAAGCGCACCGAGUUGCUGCAGGAAGAGGGUAAGCUCAUGAAGGAAAAGCUCAACCUGCAGGAUAAGCUACUGCAGGAACUUUCCUCAGCGCAGGGCGAUAUCCUCAAGAACGAACCACUGCUCAACACGCUAAACAGCAUCAAGGGUAGCGCGAGUGCGAUUGAGAAAGCGCUGGAAGAAUUUACGCAUGUGCGUGACACGAUAAUGGAGCACUACACGCAACGGACCGCGCUCAGCGAGCUGGCCGCCAGGCUGUACAUGGGCCUCCGUCGGUUUUAUGCGAUGAACGUUGCCAAAUAUGUUGCGAUAUUUCUGAGCGUGAUUGAUAACGACAAGCACGCAGCCCAAGAUGAGCUGUACCGGAUACUGGUUCGAAGAGUGUUCUCGCUGCUGAGUCGAAGUAUUCCCAAGGACGAACAGAUCAUCCUAGGGCUGAACGUAUGCAAGCAAGCCUUUCCCGAGCUGCUUCCCGAGCGCGAAUGGGAAUCGUUUGUGCACAACUUCACCAACGUUGACGCUUCGACCGCCGAUGGUCAAUGUCCGGGUUGGAUAAGAUCAGAAUUGAGCGGUAAAGUGUUAGCCCUGCAAACUUUGCACCCGGAACUUUGCGGCCGUCUUGAGCUGACGAAUGAAACGGCCUGGAAGAAGUACAUCGAAGCGGACGAAGCUGUUGCUCCCGUUUCUUUGACCGAGUUCCAACAGAUACUGGUCGCACAAAUACUCCGCCCAGAUUUGCUCACAAAAACUAUCCAUCGAUCCGUCCGCAACAUACUGGGUGUGAAGGGUCUGCACAGUACACGGCCGUCGAUUAAAAGCCUUGCGGAGGAGUCGUCUGCAGCGGAACCCCUGCUGCUGGUAACUUCUUCCGGGAUGGAUCCUUCGGAAGAAAUUCGCGAUCAUGCGCGGCAGACCCCCGGUGUCGGGUUGAUGAAGUACAGUGAGUUCUCCAUCGGCAAGGGACAGGAAAUGGAAGCGCUAAAGUUGGUGAAGGAUGCGGCCAACACGGGCAGUUGGAUCUGUAUCAAAAACGUUCACACGGUACCACAAUUCCUGACGACCACUUUGGAUGAUGCACUCAAAACGGUUUCGCUGGCGGAUGGAUUUCGGCUUUGGUUGACCUCGGAGACGGAUCGCGACAUUGGCGAAGCGUUCCAGAAGAAGUGCAACAAGGUGCUGUACGAACCGCCUGCUGGUUUGAAGCACAAGCUGAAAUUACUGCUCGAGCAACACGCUCACAGCAUUGGCACCAAAAAGAGAGAUUACAAAACUAUCAAACUGUACGUGGGACUGUUCCUGCUGCAUUCCAUCGUCCAGGAAAGGAGAUCCUAUAUUCCGCAGGGAUGGAGCAAGCGAUAUGAUUUCUCUGAUGCGGAUCUACGCACCGCCAUGGACAUGAUUCAGUACGUGGAAAAUUCUGCUACCGGAAGUACCCAAAAAAUCCCAUGGCCUUUGGUACAAGGCUUAAGCGAAAAGCUAAGCUACGGUGGGAGAAUUGAUAAUGAUCAAGAUUUUAACCGUUUAGAAUGUCUCAUACGAGAAUUUGUCGAUGAAAAGAUUAUGACCAGUCGCUGGCAGCCAAUGUUUCUCAAUAUCAAUGUACCCAAUUCCAGCCACGUGGAGGAUUAUGUGAAAGCGUUUGAUCAGCUCCCGGAUACAGACAGUCCAACGCUUUAUGGUAUUCCAGCCUCAACGAAUGCCUCGCGGGAUCUGAUAUUCUGUCGUAAUACGCUGAAAAUAUUGCGUUCGCAGUAUUUCUCCUCCGGAACUGUCCAGAACUUCGACAAACGACUUCGGCCCAUUGUGAGUUUGUGGAACAAGCUGAUCACAACGUCCAACAGUUCGUCCUCGUCCGGAACUGUUACGUCAGUGGUUGCCAAACUCAAUGCCCAUAUCGAACGUUCACGAGACAGUACCGAUCCGUGGAUGAUUUUCAUCGUAUCGGAAUUGACGGUUGCUAGAAAUCUUUACACCACGAUCAGCGAAACAUUCCAGGCACUGAAGGUUGUGUUGAAAGAUGCCGGUCUACUGAACGCCAAGGAUCGCUCACUGUUGACGACAAUUUGCGACAAUCUUGUGCCGAUCCGGUGGCGCCGUGUUUGGAGCGGACCGAAGUCGGUUAUCGAGUAUCUGAGAGCGGUUUCGUUCAAAACGAACCAUACAGAGCGAAUGUAUGGAAUGCUACUCGAACGGGCUAGCAUUGAUCGCAUCGAUUUCAACCAGCUGUUCAACGUGGAAGCGAUGCUGACGGCGCUGAAGCUAAGCCGAUCUAAACAGGCGGCAAUUUCCACCACGGAACUAUCGCUGUGCGCCACGUUUGGUGUUGGCGUUUCGGCAAGAAAGGGAAUAUUAGUGGCAUCAUUAUUGAUUGAUGGAGGUACUCUGAAGCAGAAUAAAUUAGCUAUCCAACAAUCAGCGUUGCAGCAAGGACCGGAUGUUAAUACGACCGGCGCGUUUGAACUUAACUACGAGCCACGUGAAUCGCCAACAAUUAGCAAAACAUCCACGCGGGAUGAUGUAUUGCCGGUGCCGCUAUAUAAUAAUAUCUCGCGUGACGUACUGCUCUGCACGAUAACGAUGGAUAUUGCACCGGGUUUGAGCAAAACACAACUCAUUUCCGCCGGCAUAGCGUUGAUCGUCCCGGAAAGCUAUCAGUAGUAGAAGCAAAGUAAUUCCUGCCUGUGCACUGUGCAUGCUAGAUUAACCCUUAAGGAUACAAUAUGUACACAUUUAUUUCUUAUUUCACUAUUAGUCUUGACCUACCUACCAUCCGGUACGGGGUUCCUUCAUAGUUUAGUCGCACACGAAA